AUGGACGUUCUGGCGUGGGCCUGCGCCUGGCUGUGCCAGCCCCCAGAGCGAGCCCAGGCGGCACGGUUUAGGAUUCCGAAUUCAUUCGAAGCUGCUCUUGGCCCCGGCGAGGGGCAGGAAGCUCAUCAAGCUGUUCCAACGCCACUGCCGCCAUCCCUGAACACGUCCAUGAUGCUGCAAGCCAAGAUCCCCCCUUUCUUGUCGUUGAAGGAUGCGCUGAUGCUUCGAGCCAGUUGCAAGUCCUUCUCGAAGACAACAGUUUUCCAAUUGCUCCUCAAUUACUGCUCCAAGAUUGAUGUCAGGCGUGCGUGUGAGAGUCAUCGGUCCGCAGAGCAACUGGUGCUAAGUCGGCAACCAAUGACUCUGCCAUCGGAGAGGGGGAGAAUGACUCUAGCGGGCAAGACAAUAUACAAGUCGAGGAAGCAGAACACAACAUUUUCCUGCUGUUGCGGGACAUGCUGCCCCUCUGAGCGAGACCAGUAUCGAGGCAGUGGAUGCUUGGACCCCAAGCCCCGGUAUGCGUACUUGGAACCACUCUGCUGGGUCAUUUGCCGUCCGGUGAUUAUCAUGGCGGGUGAAACCGGCGACAACAUGUUAAAAGCGCCUCCUGCACAUCAAGACAGCUAUGAGAGACAGCGCCACUGGAACGGUCUGCAAUCCUUCUUGUGGGGAAUUGGAAACUUGGAACGCUGCUGCUGGGGCACCGGCCACCUGCACGAGAACAUCGACAGCGGAUGGCGCUGUCCGCCGGUCGACGAGCACGAGAUUCUGUUCUGA